UGCAUUGCCAUUUGCCGAACAAUUCAAAGCCUACAGCCGCCAUUUGUAGAGCUUACAGAGACCUGAUUCCUUCGUUGUUCUUGGGGGCGCUGUAGAGAGAUUCAAUUAAGUUGAUGAUUUAGGGUGGAAUUACCAGUACCUUUUUUCUUUCAAGAACCUUGAUAAAGACGUAGGGUUGCGGAGUGAUCUAGCCUCCACUAUAAACUCACAUAGACAAAAAACCUUUCAUGCUGCUUAGCGCGCCGCACACAAGCCAGAAUAGAUUGCAGUACUUCGGACGAGUUCUCUAAUGGCAAAAGGAGAAGCCGUCGCUGUUAAAGAUGCUGUCCACAAAUUACAACUCUGUCUUCUUGAUGGCAUCAAAGAUGAAAGCCAACUCAUUGCUGCUGGAUCUCUGUUGUCUCGGAGUGAUUAUCAGGAUGUAGUGACCGAACGAUCAAUUGCCAACAUGUGUGGUUAUCCUCUUUGCAGCAAUUCUCUGCCUUCUGAAAGGUCUCGGAAAGGACAUUACAGAAUAUCAUUGAAGGAGCAUAAAGUUUAUGAUCUUCAUGAAACAUACAUGUACUGUUCAACAAAUUGUGUAGUCAAUAGCGGAGCAUUUGCUGGUAGCUUGCAGGAUGAGAGAAGCUCUACACUGAAUCCAGCAAAGCUUAAUCAAGUCCUGAAUCUAUUUAAGGGGUUGCAUUUGCAUUCUGCAGAUAAUGUGAAGGAAAAUGGAGAUCUAGGAUCUUCUAAGUUGAAGAUCCAGGAAAAAGUGGAUUUAAAGGGUGGUGAAGUUUCAUUAGAAGAGUGGAUGGGUCCAUCUAAUGCAAUUGAAGGCUAUAUUCCACAGAGAGAUCGAAGUGUGAAUCCAGCACUGUUGAAAAACAUUAACAAAGGAUCCAAGAAUAAGCAUGCCAGACUCCAAGAUGAGAAAAACAUGAUACUUAAUGAGUUUGAUUUUUCGAGCACUAUAAUAACUCAAGAUGAGUAUAGCGUUUCAAAGUUCCCAGCUCCUGUAAAUGCUGACUCGAGUGUAAAGUUCAAAGAAACCCAAGCGAAGACGAGGUACAAAGUUAGGGAUGAUGAUGUUUAUAUACUGGGGAAGCAAGUUGAUGCCUUGCAGUUGCGUUCUGGAGAAGAAACAGAAAAAUCGGAUAAGAACACUAGAUUUUUGAAGGUGGACAAAUUUAAUUCUGGAGAAGUGUCUUCUGGUCCUUCCCAACAUGAUGUCAAGAACAAAAGUGUCCUAAUUAUGUCUGAUGACGGAAGGAAAUAUGCAUCACAUGGUGAACAUGAUAAGCUCAAAUCUUCUUUAAAAUCUUCAAAUUCCAAGAAAAUGUCUCGGUCAGUUACUUGGGCUGAUGAAAGUAUCGAUGGUGGCAUUGGCAAGAAAACAGAGAGCUCAUCCAAAAUAUCAGAAUAUGAGAGUCAAGAUUAUGGGGGAUCAGCCUCUACUGAUAUGGAAGAGAAUGAUGAUUCAUAUCGGUUUGAAUCUGCAGAAGCCUGUGCAGCAGCACUAAGCCAAGCAGCAGAGGCUGUUGCCUCAGGUUCUGAUGUUCCUGAUGCUGUGUCCAAAGCCGGGAUUGUAAUAUUGCCACCUUCACAAGAAGUGGAUGAAGCAAUACUUCAGGAGACUGAUGAGAUGCUUGAUUUAGAAACAGCUCCUUUAAAAUGGCCAAGAAAACCAGGGAUGCCAAAUUAUGAUGUCUUUGAAUCAGAGGACUCUUGGUAUGAUAGUCCACCUGAGGGGUUCAAUAUGACUCUGUCACCUUUCGCAACAAUGUUUAAUUCCCUCUUCACAUGGAUAUCAUCAUCGUCCUUGGCAUUUAUAUAUGGGCAUGAUGAAAGCAAUAACGAGGAGUAUUUGUCUAUCAACGGAAGAGAAUAUCCUCGCAAAAUUGUGUUAUCUGAUGGCCGGUCAACUGAGAUCAAGCAGACUCUAGCUGGCUGUCUUGCUCGAGCAUUGCCGGGAUUGGUUGCUGACCUUAGGCUGCCAGUACCGAUAUCAACUUUAGAGCAAGGAAUGGUUCUCCUCUUAAAUACAAUGUCUUUUGUGGAUCCACUCCCUGCAUUCCGAAUGAAGCAAUGGCAACUUAUUGUACUUCUGUUUCUUGAUGCUCUUUCUGUAUGUAGGAUACCCACACUGACUCCAUAUAUGACGGGGCGAAGGACUUCGUUUCCAAAGGUAGGGAAAAGAAGAGCUAAUUACAUGGUACACAUGCUGUUUUGUACCCUCCUGCUUGCCAGAAAACAUUACCAAGACUACUGUGACGUCCCGCCACAUUUCCAGCCAUGUUGCAGCAUACGAAGGGGCAGGCGGCCCUUGAGCCUUGGAGAGGCUUGUGCAAGACUCUAGAAGCCUUCUAGAAUCUUGGGGCAGACUAGAGAAUUCUAGGAGCCUUUUGGAAGAAUUAGAGACAUAUUCUAGGAAUGUAGAACAUGUAUUGAGUGCAUGUACUUAGGGACUUGUAUAGCAGCAUUUAUUUACUCUUAGGCUUAGGAGUAGUAUAAAUAGGAGGGUCAUUGUAUUUGUAAAUGCAUCCAUCAAUUGACUAAUAAAAUACAAGUCCUCUCUUCCAGAA